CAUGCACAACUCUGAUCGUCUGAUCCCGCGUAUUGGAAAUUGGAAUAGUGCACAUCCCGUGCUUGCGUAAAGAAUUGUUUAAAAGGAUGAAAAAUGCAAAACUCAAGAAUUGAGAGACGUCAUAUUGUUGUUCUUUAAAUUGACUGAUUUUUCCAUGAAUUAAUCUUAUACGAUUGCAUAAAUUUAUUUAAAUAGGUUUUAAAAAAUUACGUGUGUGUACGUGUGAAUCCGUGAAUCGUCGUCGUGUGUAUGUAAUGUGUAGUUUACAUCUCAGAAAUGGCGGCGUCUGAUAGACGAGGCAACCCAUUGAAACGCAAAUUUAUUGAUACCGGGAGCGACUCGGAUAAUGAAACAGAAAAGGAUGGAAAGCAUGUAAAAACGAGAGCAGAGGCACCACGAUUGUGUCCAUACCUGGACACGAUUAAUCGACAAUUUUUGGAUUUUGAUUUUGAAAAAUUGUGCUCCGUAUCACUGUCUAGGAUCAAUGUAUACGCUUGUUUGGUUUGCGGCAAAUAUUUCCAAGGAAGGGGAACUAAUACUCUUGCUUACACACACAGCGUGGCAGAAAGUCAUCAUGUUUUUCUUAAUUUACACACCCUCAAAUUUUAUUGUUUACCAGAUAAUUACGAGAUAGUAGAUUCGUCAUUGGAUGAUAUUAAAUAUGUGUUAAAUCCAACUUUUGACAAAAUGCAAAUAGCUUUACUAGACAAGAGCGAUAAACAGUCCAGGGCAAUUGAUGGCUCUAUGUAUUCACCAGGAAUAGUGGGAAUGAACAACAUAAAAGCAAAUGAUUACUGCAAUGUCAUUUUACAAGCGCUUUCACAUGUUACACCUUUGAGAGACUUCUUCUUAAGAGAAUCAAACUAUUCUCAUGUAAGGAGACCACCUGGUGAUUCAUCGUAUCUCUUGGUACAAAGAUUUGGAGAACUUAUGCGUAAAUUAUGGAAUCCACGUAAUUUUAAAGCGCAUGUAAGUCCCCAUGAAAUGCUGCAAGCGGUAGUUUUGUGGAGCAAGAAAAGAUUUCAAUUUACGGAACAAGGUGAUCCAGUGGAUUUUUUAUCAUGGUUCUUAAACGCUCUCCACCUGGCAUUAAAUGGCACAAAGAAGCGUGAUUCUAGUAUAAUUUAUAAAACAUUCUUGGGUCACAUGCGGAUAUAUACGCGGAAAAUACCGCCGUUGGAGCUAGAGGAAAGCCAAAGAAGCGAAUUGUUGAAUACAGUGGAGUACGGCGAAACUGUGACGGAAAGUCCAUUUUUAUAUCUCACUUGUGAUCUUCCGCCACCUCCAUUAUUUAAAGACCAAUUUACGGAGAAUAUUAUUCCACAGGUAAAUUUGUACACGCUUCUGAACAAAUUUAAUGCCGUAACUGAGAAAGAAUAUAAAACUUAUAAGGAAAAUUUCAUGAAAAGAUUCGAGAUUACCGAACUACCACCAUAUCUCAUACUUUACAUAAAAAGAUUCACAAGAAAUACAUUUUUCGUCGAAAAAAAUCCAACAAUUGUGAAUUUCCCCGUUAAAAAUGUCGAUUUUGGAGAUAUCUUAACACCGGAAGUAAAAGCCAAACAUCCAUAUACGACUUAUGAUUUAGUAGCCAAUAUAGUACACGAUGGUGAACCCGGUCAAGGAACUUACAGAGUCCACAUUUUGCACAGAGCCACUGGUCAAUGGUACGAAUUGCAAGAUUUGCAUGUUACGCAAAUUUUGCCCCAAAUGAUCACUCUCACUGAAGCAUAUAUACAGAUUUAUGAAUUAAAGAAGGACACUCACAUGGAAAAUGGAGACAAUAAAAAUAAGAAAACUAUGUGAUACACUUGAAUUAAAAGCACAAAAACACAAAAAUAAAAAUUUACAUUUUAUCUAUAUGCAA